ACGGACUGCGCAACUCUUUCAACCCACCACAAUACAUUCUUAUUUCCAACCCUAGCAUGCCACAAAAACGAAAUUUCCCCAGCUCGGGCCCUGGAUCCUCACCAAAUACCAAGCGUGUCCGAUCCUCGUACGCAGAAGAUGAUCAAGACGACGACGAGACACAAUACUCAGUGACCCCGUAUGAGCGGCCUCGCAACCACCCCGUGUUCGGACAGAAAAGCGCCUUUCCGGGCCUCGAUACCGUCGGUGGAGAUGAGCUCUUUUAUGGACCGGCAGAUGAUGGAUUAGAGUAUUUAAGAAUGGUCCGUUCUGAAGCCAACUCCCUACCUACCCUUUUCAACGCACCCGUCGCGAUGGAACCGUUGGCAGAAACAACUGAGGUGACGAAAAUAGCAACGGAAGAACAAGAUGAAGCUCUUCAAGAGGAAAUUGUAAAGGAGGAAACUACAACUGCGAAGCGCAUCCCAGUAGGAUUUUAUUCCGAUGGCGUUUACAUCAGCCGGACGACAACAAACCCGAUUGUCGAUGAGACAUUCUCGGAAGCGCAAGCUAGCUAUUACAACCUCCUACACCACCGGUUCCUUCUCCUACGAUCGAUUCUAAAAUGCACGCCGCCGUCCGAAGCCAUCUCCGCGCUUGACGACAAGCACCCCAUCAGCUUCCCCCGGUCAUCGAAAAAUGCCCAGAAGGAGUGGAGGCGCUUGCUGCUUCAGGUUGACCCUCAAACAGUGCAACUGGCAUGCAUGGAUAUGGAUAGUGUCCUGGGAGUACUGGUGAUCGUGGCGCGACUUAUGUCAGAGAAUGUGCGCAAUGGGGAUGCGAUACUAGUUCGACGCAUUGGGGCCUGGGCUUGGGGACUUUUAGGGAAAUGUCGAGAUGCUGGACAGCUUGGGGCUCGGGAUAUUGGUGAUAUUCGGGAGCUGGGGAAACGGGCUGUGAGGAUCUUGCAGAAGAUUCGCGAGGAGCAGGACGUCCAAAACGGGGAGGAAGAGGAGGACGGUUACGAGUCUGGCGUUGAUGAUGAUCGGGGUGAGCAUGAUCUGACAAACGAGAAUGUGGAUGAACCUAUAAAUACUGUCAUGUCGGACCCCGAUCAACCAGAUACGGAGAAGGGAACUGGCGCGGAGGAACUGGAGCAGGCAAAAGCACGGCUCGAAGCGCGGAUCGCAACGACUAGUGUCGAACCAAUACCCCAAGAAGACAAGGAAAUUGAAGCUGAAUUCGAGGACGAAGGUAUCGAUAUUGACGUGGAGACACAGACUCGUGCAAUGUUGGAUAUGGUCAUCACGAUAAUUGGAGAACACUAUGGGCAGCGCGAUUUGUUAGAGGCACGGGAAUUAUGGAGCGAGGGAGGACCAAGCUUCCAAUACAUUAUACCUCUCGCCAUGGCCCCCGCACUCGAAAUAUCAAUCCCAACAACUACAACCUCAACCACUUCUCCUCCCCACACAAUCUAUAAUAUAACCCUCCGCCUCCCGCUUCGCUCUUUCGCGAUCUCAAAGCGUUAUUCCGACUUCACUGCCUUCCACGCCAACCUAACGUCUCAAACAAAUAGCGCACCCCCUGAUCCCCUUCCUGCCAAAUCCUGGUUUUCAAACACAGUAUCUAACACCGACCUCCGUGAAUCCCGACGCCAGGGUCUCGAGUCCUACCUCCGCGCCAUCAACGAAGCAUCUGACCCCCGAUGGCGCAACUCCCCCGCCUGGCGCGCAUUCCUAAAUCUACCCAGCCUAGGUACCAGUAACACCAAGAACAAUGACAGCACCACUGCUUCAUCCACUCGUCUCCACGCUGCAGCAACAGGUCCCGGCGGAACAGGAGGAGAACCGAUCACAGACCCAACAUUAUGGCUCGACUGCUACCGGGAUCUGAAAUCGCAUCUGCACGAUGUAAGACUCCAUCUUACGAGACGGGACCAGGAGACGACACCGCAGAGGCAGCAUGAGAGUUCGGCGCGGGCGAAGAGCUCUCUUGUGCGUGCGGGGUCGCUGAUUUCGGCUCUAGAGGACGGAUUGAAGAGAAUAUCCAAGAGCAGCACGAAUGGAAAUGGCAAUGGGCGUCACGGUCUUGCCUCUUCUAGUUCACUUGGCGAAGGCGAGAUCCGCCGGCGGAAGGACCUUCUUAUCAAUGCUCGGAAGGAGAAAGAUGGGCUCGAAGAUUUAUUGAAUGCCAUGGCGGCGAAGAGCAGGGUGGAUAAUGCCGUUGCGUCGAUCAAGGAUAAAGAGGCGCUUGUUGGGAGUGCUAGUGCCGCGGGGAGGAAACCCGCAAAGUCCGGGAGGGUUCUUGGAAAAGAGACGGAGCGGACUCGCGAGUUGGAUAACCAAGGCGUCUUGCAACUACAGCAGGAUAUAAUGCAGGAUCAGGAUAUGAGCGUAGGAGAAUUGAUGAAAAUCGUGCAGCGGCAGAAGGAGCUGGGGAUUCAGAUUAAUGAAGAGUUGGAGGUGCAAAAUGAGAUGCUCAGGAUGGUGGAUGAAGAUGCAACAAGGCUUGAACAGAAGGUCAACGUUGGAAAGAAGAGACUGGGGAAGAUCUCAUAG